CCGAGACCUCCGAGACACCCCCGCGCUGAGGGGGCGGCCAUGGGACUACAUUUCCCGUGAGGCUUUGCGUGGCGCGGCGGCAGGUCGUCACUGCGGCGGCGGCGAGAAGGAGCAUGGCGGCGGUGCGGGCGCUGAGGGCAGCGGGGCCGGGGCGGCCCGGGCUGGGCCCCGCGGGGCUCAGAGCCUUCUGGGGUGUCCGCAGGAAGGAGGAGAAAGAAGUGGAAGUGGAAGCGGGGAUCUCUGAGAAGGAGGAGAGGAGCAAGCCCAGCCUGCUGUGCCCCCCGCCGCGCAGCCGGAGUUACCUCCCCCCGCAGGACCUCCAGGGCCGCCUUGAGUCCCAUGUAAGGGAGGUUUUUGGGUCCUCCCUCCCCCAAGACUGGGAGCAGACGCCCCUGCAGGAGAACAGGCUGAAGUUCCGGCUGCUGGCACGGCUGGCGGUGGAGCUGGGACACGCUGUGCCCAACUCCCAGCUCCACCUGAUGCGCUGUGCCCGGGAUGUGCUGGGUUUUUACCGCACCCCCAUAAAGGAUGCGACCAAAUUCGAUGAACUCGUGGCCGCAGAGCUGCCACCGAACCUGAAGAUCAUCUGGAAGCAGUGAGUGAGUCCCACCAUGGACCUUUCCUGCAGAGCAGCGGCAAAGCCACCUCUUCGCAGUGAAACGUGUGAAUUUCACUAAUAAAAGUUCUCUGAGUUGUG